UUAUGGCCUUGAAACCAAGAGUUUGUCUUGAGUGCUAGCUGAGUGGCAACAAAACUAUGGCUGACCACUCAUCUAGGUCAUGUCCUUAUGACCAUGCUAACAUUUUUUCCAAGAUCACAUUUUGGUACGUGUAAUGUAUUAAGGUUUCAGAAUGACUGUUUUUAUUUAAUUUGUAAAUAAACUUAAUUUUUAAAUUGAUUUCUCAUCAUUUUGUUUAAAGUUCUGAAAUGAUUUAAGUAAAUAUAUAGGCCUAUAUUUUUAUGGACAACUUUAAAAGCUAACAUGUGCAUUUUAUAUAUUUAAUAAUAUAGGCUUCUAAUAAAUUUCUGUUAAAAAAUUAAUUUUAAAAUUUUAAAUUAAAAUGUCUUUCAACAUUGCAAGUAAAAUAAGAAAAUUAAUGAUUUUAAUAAAAGGUCAUGAAAAUAAUAUACUUUCAGGUGGAUGAAUGCCUUGUUUAAACUUGGCUUUAAAAAUCGGUUGUCUUCAAUGAAUAUUUGUGAUGUUUCUAAAGAGGACGAAUCCAAUCGUUUGGAACUUAGACUUGAAAGGUACACACUGCUAUGCAAUAGCUCUUUAUAUACUCUCUUUAUUGCAUACCUUUUUGUAAAAUAUACGUAAAUGUUGUAUUGCUAGUAACUUUGAAUCAUGUAAUGAUUGCCAUUAAUCUCUAUUUCCGUUUAACUGCUCUACUAAAUAACAUGCAUAUUCUCUAAGGGGCCUGAGCUUUUGCUCUUUGAGGUCCUGCCUAAUACAUUGGAAACCAGCUCCAUCUGUUUGGCUAUACCUGUUAUAGCCUGUGUGUUGACCUAAUAUUUGUUCACCCUGCAUCGUGUAGAGCUGUAGCGUACAUCCCUUAGCUCCCAUAUUGUCACCGAGUGACAAUGAGGUGUCACAGUGUGACAAUGAGGUCACCAAGUAACUGGUGCAAUGGUCUGCCACUCCUUUCCCCACUUCCCUUGUUUGGGAAAGUUUGUUCGGACAAUUUCCAGAAGGUUCUACAUAGAGGUAGAACCUAUUUUCUGAAGAUUGAAUUUCUAGACUUCCUAUUCUAGAAAAUUCACUGACUAUAAAAUACCAGAGACCUACGAGACCUUACAAGACUUAAACAUUUUUCCCAGUGUGUGUGUGCAUUAAUAUUUGUAUCUUUCCAUUAUAACAUGUAUUCACAUGUUUUAAGUUAAUAAGAGUUCUAUUUCUAUAUAUUUGAUUUUUUACUUUGAUACCAAAAUUCUUAGUAAAAAUAAAUUGUAACUUCUAAUUAGCACUAGUUGAGGUAUUGUUCUUUCUUUAUUAUAUUUAAUCAAUAGUAACGUCGUUUUGUUAUGAACUGUUUGUUAAUCAGCCAUUUUAAAACAAACUUUAACUUUAUAAGCUAAUUGCGCUACAUAACACAACCAUACAACAUUUUAUUGACAUAGAACUUGCCUACAGCUCUGGCGUCUAUAAGAUCAAGGUGGGUGUUAACAGGUGUACAACCGUUUUUUGGUCCAUUGUAGAAUGCCAACAGUUCAUGUCUCUGUUGUCUAGUCCAGGGGUUGGCAAACUAUCUAGUCAAAAGUGCCAAAAAUCAGCAGCAGGACCAUUAAAAAAAUGUUGAGAGCCAAAUUUCUUUUCAAGAACUGUGUUUUUCAGAGUCAAAACCGAUUUGUGGCGGACUGGCCAAGCCGCACUCAGGUCGCUAAAGAGCCCCAUGUGGCUCGCGAGUCGCUCUUUACCGACCACUGGUCUAGUCAGUUGAAGUACGAGUUAGUUAGGCAGUUCCAUUUGCAUCAGUGCUACCGAGCUCUGGUGCUGGCGUUUCAGCUUUCUUAAUGGAUCGGAUUUGCUGGUGCUGGGCAUGUUAGCGUGCACACCUCUGGUCUUGUGUUGUCUGCCCACUGACUGUACCACUUUGUCCAACCAAUUUUUGAUACAGGUAAAGGUGACUGCUUUUGUUGAUUGCGGCUGGGCAGCCCCUGUGUUUGUCAGUGUUUCUGCUUUUUCAUUGCUCCUUAUGUUCACUUGACUUCUGAACCAUUGCAAAAAAAAAAAUUAUUUCUUUCUAUGUUGCCUACUCUACUAGAAAUGUCCAAGAGAUUUACUAUUUUUCUUAAGUAUGUCAACUAUAUUUUUAUAAAAAUUUGGUGAUUUUCUUUUAAAUGUCAUUGCCACAUCAAACAAUGGAAAUACACGAUCAUGUUUUAAUUUAUAAUAAUACAUAUAUUAUACAUUAUCUGAACAAAGGCUUAUGACGGAUGUAGUGACUUUGUUAAAUGUUCUCAGGUACUGGAAAAAAGAAUUGCAAAAGUAUUCUGAAGGGGGAAAAGCAAGUCUGUUUAGAGCUGUGCUUUUAGCAUUUAAGUGGCAAUGGAUUUUACCUGGCAUUUUGGUCUUUAUUUCUGUAAGUCACUUCAGUACUGUAAACAUUUUUAAAUGGUUUGCUUAUAGAUAAAAUUUCUUUACUUAAAACUUAAAUAUGGUUUAUAAUAAUAGUUGUUUUAAAAUGUGAAUAGUUUUUUAUUUGUGCGUCAUUGUAUUGAAAUUAUUUAACCUCUUCCUAAAAGAUAAAUACUCCCCCCCUUUUUUUUUUAAAGGAAGCUAUAAAACUGGUGCAACCUUUUCUCAUUGGCUUGUUGGUAGCUUAUUUUAACAGUGAGGAAGGUUCAGUCACUGAGUCUUCAGCCUAUGGUGUUGGUGCAUGUCUUGGUCUAAGUGCUUUCAUUCAAGUCUGUGUGAAUCCAACCUAUUUUUUUAUAAUGCAACAUGUGGCACUCAGGAUGAAGGUUGCAGUUGGGGCUCUAAUUUACAGAAAGGUACGUUAAAUUAUUACUUACAGCAUUAAUGCAUCAGAUUCAUUAAUUGAUCAUGGUACUUUUUGUCACUGAAGAAAAUGAUUUUAUUUGAAGUUAAUUUUUACACUAGUAUACGUGUAAGGGAAAAAUUUAUAUUUCUUUUCAACAGAAUGUGUCAUCUGUGCUAUAUUAUUGAUAUUUUUAUUUCCAGGUUCUGUCACUGAGCACUGAAGCAUUCCAAUAUACUUCUUCAGGACAAAUAGUGAAUCAUUUGUCUACAGAUAUAGAAAAGUUUAAUUCAGUAUGUUAAAAAAUGUCUAUACCGUACUUAUGUUUAGAUUGUUGUGAUUAUAAGAUAUUUUGUGCUUAUGCACAUUUUAAAUGGAAAAUGGAGCAGUUGAGGCGACAACACUAGACACAUUUGCACUUAUUUCCUCAAGCCUUGCAACCCCCAGUGCAUGAUUCCCUCACAAAGUAGCACUUGCAAUCAGUGAAAUAUCCUCAUCAACACCAGGCACAGAAACAUUGCAAAUCUCCUCUAUAUGCAUAGGAGCAAAAAUGAUAAUAAAUUGAUUGUGGGCCCUUAACAUAUAGAAGAAGAAGAAAAUGAAUUAGUGUUUAAAACUCAAGUGUUCAUAUAAUUUAUUUUUAAUAAUGUAAGCUUUUGAAAAUUUCUCCCUCAGGCAAUUGAUCUUUUACACUACUUUUGGAUUUCCCCACUUUCCAUCAUCAUUGUCAUGUAUCUUAUGUAUCGACAAAUUGGUGUGGCUUGCUUCUGGGGAUUGGCCGUUGUUGCAGUGAUUGUUCCUAUUCAAGCUGGACUUUCAUCAGUUUUUGGAAAACUCAGGUGGGUUAGGUUAUAAGGAAACUUCUUCCAAUACCUUAAUAAAGAGAUUAAAUGUAAAUAUAUGUCAACAUUUUUAUAUAACUUUUCAAAAUUUGUCAAUUCAUUUGUAAUGGUUAACAUUUUUUUUAUACCUGCUGGUAGCCACUAAUUAUUAAAAUGUGACCUUAAGGCCUAAUUGCUCUGAAGUUAGCUUUAUAUUGUUAAAUUUAAAAAAGAAAAUUGAGUGAUAUUUUUUCAGUGUUUUGAAAAUUUGCUAUUUUACAUCAUUUUAAUUACCUACUAUCCUCAUUGUGAUAUUGUUUGUUCUAACUAAAAUUUUUAAAAAGUGUUUGCCUACUAUAUCUUGCUCCAGACAGAAAAUUGGAGCUUGUUCAGAUAGGCGAAUCCAGCUUAUGUCAGAGAUUAUAAUAGCAAUGAGGGUUAUCAAAAUGCAUUGCUGGGAGCAACCCUUCCAACAUCUUGUAUCUAAGCUGAGGAGGUAGGUGCCAUAUUUCAAAUGUGUUAAAUUUGGUAUCGGAAGUAUUUUGAAUGAGAAAUAUGGAUUUUACAGUGUUGAUAUUGAGCUUAUUAGCUACAAAUGUUUGCAUUUAGAAAUGUGUAAUAGUUAGCAAUCGGUGCUUGGUAAAAUGUGGGAAAUAAUUUUAAAGAAGCAGGCUGACGUGUUUUAAAGUAACUCUGUCGAGUUUUAUUGAGAUAUUGUUUUGUUUUUCAGAAAUGAAACGUUUUAUGUUAGGGUCCUAGAUAUAUGUUACAUUAAGAGAAUCAUUAAGGGUGAAAAAUUAGCCUACAUUUCUUUGUCUUCUCUUUUUGUGGCAUUUGGUUGAAGAAGACCUAGUAAAAUGGGUUUCCUUAUUCAAUAAAAACCCCCCUAAAAAUGUUAGUUUUAGAUUCUAAAUAAGACAAAUUUCUAAUACACUAACAUGUAUCCUACAUGUGCUACUGUGCCCCUGAAUAAAAGUAUUUUCCAAAAUCAGUCGUUCAUAAUUGCAAAAAACGUGUUUGUCAAAUUUCAUUUACAUUAUUAAUUGCAAAGGAUGUGUUUACUACUUACACUCUAUUAAUCAUGUAGAACUUAAUUUGUAUUUUGAAAUAAGUCUUUGGCAUGUUUUUUCUUUUUAAAUUUCAAAAGACUUGAUUAUGUUGCAAGGACACUUAUUUUGUUUUGAAGCAUGUUCCCAGUUUGUAUUGAUCUUUCAAUGGCAUUGUGCAUCUUAACAUCAGAAUAUUUGUGCCUGUGUCCUAGUUUGAUAAAUCAAGAAAUACCUAUCUGCACUGUGAGCCAUAUGUCCUAGUUUGAUAAAUCAAGAAAUACCUAUCUGCACUGUGAGUCAUAUGUCCUAGUUUGAUAAAUCAAGAAAUACCUAUCUGCACUGUGAGUCAUAAUGACAGGGCCACUUCACUGCUGUUGUGUUAACAUCUUUAAAAUGAAUCUUAUUUUAUUUAGCUUUGUGCCUUUUAAAAUUAGUUUAUUGUGAUCUGUCACGACACUGUCUCGCAUUUGAUUUUUUUUUUUAUGACUAGUGGCUCUAAAUUUAAUUAAUGAUCAGGUGUGGAUGAUAUAGUAGAGAUGCUUAACAAAUUUUGUGUGGCAAACUGGAAAAAAUUUUUUGAGAACUUUUUAAACAUAUUUGUCUUGAAAUCGAGUAGAAAUAUUUGCUGAAAAAUUUUUAAAGAAAAGAAAAACUCAUAAGAUUUACAAACUACUCACAUUUUUUUUCUCGUUUUGUUAAAAAACAGUGAAGAGAUUUUCUUCAAACGCAUAGGUACUGUAAUAGUUAGCUUCAACUCAUCUACGGAGCAAGUCUCAGCUAAAUUAGUCCUUUUGUCCAUUCUGGCCUCAGUUUGGCUCCAGGGUGUUGCAGUUCCAUCUUCAGCGAUUUACUCAGUGUUUACCCUGUGUGAAACACUCAAAUAUUCAGCUUUCUAUUAUGCUUAUUAUACAGUUGAGAAUACUGUUCAGCUCUAUGAAUCUCUGUUUCGACUACAGGUUGGUCAGUGACAUUUAAAAAAACAACUUUUGUUUCAAAAUCUUCCUUUCCUGUGUGAAUUUUGCCUCCUCAACACUCUAACCUAUUAAAAAGUUUUACAUCUGUUAUUUUUCUGCUUCAAAUAUUAUUCCUUGAAAGAAAUUGAGAGAUCCCCAAAGCUAAAAAGCAUCUGUUUAAAAAUGGUAAUUUAUAUCAUUCAGUUGUAUUUUAAAUAUCCUUCAAAAUUUAAAACAAAUAUAUAACAGAGAAAAGAACAGAAAUGAUAUAACAAAAAUUAUAACCUGCAAAUCUCAACAUUUAUUCAAAUGAGCUAUUCCGAUUUGCAUAAUUAAUUUUUUGUGUCACACUUAUAAUAAACAGGAUGUACUUGUAAAAUUUGGGUAAAAUUUUUAAUGGAUGAAGCCCGAAUAAGUCCUGACACUUGUGUUUUGGGAAGCAAGGCCCAUAGAGGCCCUUCAGACAUUUCUGGCACAUGGUUCUACUCCUUUUUCCGCCCCCUGGCUCUUGUGUCAUAGCCAUCUUGCCCAGGUCCAUUCAAAACAUGUGCUUUCAACCAAGUUAACAAAUUUCAAGAUUAACUUAAACCUAUCUCUGCCCAUGACUUGGGAGAAACCAUGGUCUUUUCUGUGAGCUUGAGUUAUUCCAAUAAGACUUGAUGGUGGGUUUAUGAAUCAAGCCCAUAUUCAAAAUCAUGGAAAUAAAUGAUUUUAUUUCACACUUUGUAACAGGAAGCCAUUUAUGACCUAGGGACCUUCUCUUGAGCUUUGUGUUACUGAGAAAGUUGUCUUCAUACUUAUUAGUCUCUCUCUCACAAACAUUGAAUGAUAUUAGAGUAAUAAAAAUAGCAUCAAGUACUCAAGUGGGGUGCUUAUGCCUUGAGGCAUAUUUAUAGCUCUUAGAUUUUCUAAAACGUCAUAGAGGUCAUCUCUAUCGAGUGCAGGACCCCUAAUCCUAAACCAAGUGUUCAUAACAUUAUCAUCAACAUCAUCAUUACCUUCUUGGUUGUUUUCAUCAGUGUCAUAUUCACUGUUAGGCAGGGAGAAAUCAGAAUCACUAAGGAUAUUUUGAUUGUGUCACUGUCAGACGUUUUAGAAUCUUAUAAUAUUACUUGAAACACACAAAUUCCUGAAUACCACAAGCUAGUAAAAAAUCAAUGGAGGCUGUCAUUAAAAUGCCAGGAUGGGCAAAAAAUGUAAGAAGCAAUCUGUUUAGCUGGUACAAAGACCAGCCAGCCAAUCUUGAGGCUUGAAUUAUCGGGCAGAUGGAUCGGCCAUUCAACCCUGGGGGGAAAGAUCAGCCGGACCAUUCAAGAGGGUUAAAUUAUUGAACAGAAAUAAAUUUACUUUGUAGCAUGUAGCAAUUUCUUGUUGUCUCUGAUCGAUAUAAUUGUUUAAUGAUAACUCUUUAUGGGACCCGUUAACCUUGGAUGAAAACUCAUCUAAGAAAAGUCAAACUCUGAAAUCAAACCCCAAAUUAAUGUCCUGUAGCGGGCAUCACAUUGACACAAUGAAAAUUAUGACAACUCCUGUGACGGGGAUCACAUAAAGAUUGAGACAUCAGAAACACUGCUGGUCAUCUGCUGCAUCCUGGUCUAUUUCCAGUCGCCUUGACUAAUUCUUGCCAUCGGAACAAGUAGCAAGGAGAAGGGAGUGCGGCUGACAAAUUGAGCAGCUCUUCCUCACUUUAAACAAAAUGCAGCUCAAGUUGUCGCAAGCAAAGGAUGAACACAAGAACAGUUUAGUAGAGUUUGGUUUUCGGUGUUAGUUGGUAGUUAAUCUUUAAUUCCAAAGUGUUUGCUACAAGUCACCAAAUGUUUUUUAGUACAGCUCAUCAAGCACUGAGGAUCAACUCUGUACCACAUUUAAAUAAAAUAUGAUUAAAUUGAUCUUUGUCACCAUACUAUGUUUUUCUAAGGCAGGAAAUGAUAUUUGGCCACCAGGGAGCUGUACUAAAGAGUUUUGCACGUGGUUUUCAAGACACGUCCCAGAGGCUGAUGGCCAUGGUCAUAAUAAUAGCCAUUUACUGGGCGGAUGGUCAGACGCCCCUGCCAGCAGUUGUCUUUACCAUCGUUGGCUGGCUUGAAUCCAUUCGUCUCACUGGAUUUUUCUUUGUGUAUUUCUUAGCUGAAAAUAUUAGCCAGCUGUCUAUGUCUCUGGAUCGGGUUAAGGUGUGUUUUAAUUAUAUAUAAAAAAAGGAGGAAAAAUAAUUAUUGCAAUAACUUGUUACGGUGCUCUACUUUAACUACAUUACAUGUUAAUCAGAAUGUUAAGGAGAAUUUAGAACAAAUGAAGUUCAUUAAAGAAAUUAAUGAAAGGCUAUCGACCAAAUAAAUCAUAAUUUUGAUAGGAACAAACAUAACCCUAGAGUUUUAUUUUGAAGGUUAAACAUUGCAUAAUGCAAGGCUCAAAGAAUUUUUGCAGAAAUAAUUUUAAACAAAUUACUAUUAAAGGGCAGUUAUUUAUAUAUGCUUGUUCCUUACGGCAUUGUUAUGAAGUUUUAUCAGUAAUGAGCUAUAAAUUGAUGUGAGAUUGCUGCAAUAAUUAUUAUUCCAUUGGACAUUAUCUGCUUUAUCAGAGUUUCACUUCUUUCCUUAGGCAAUAAUAAAUGGUUUCAAUUCGAAGCAAUUAUUUACUGCCUUUAGCAAUGCUCGAAAAGUUGCUUUCAGGGUGAAUGUUUUGGUUUAUUUUGUAAUUUCGUCUUAAUUUAACUGAUUUUUGCUGGUAUUUCUCCUGCUUGUGUGAAUAUCAAAAAUUUAAUUGUAAUGACAUCUACAUGUUCAUUACAUAGAAUCUUAAAGUAAGCAUUGGAUGAUGUUGCAUGAACUGAAAAAAUGUUAACUUACAAAUACUCUGUGCUCUUACCUUAUUGUGAGUAAUUUUUUAAUUAACUCUUUUCUUUAAAAAAAUAUACAUAGAUACAUAAAUUGUAUUAUUUUAAAAAAUUCACUUUUGAAUUUUUUUACAACUAAAUAAAUUUUAGCUGUUGAAAUUUUUUUGUAUAGCUUAUUGAUAGCACUCGAACAUAAGAAAUACAAAUUCAAUGUUUCAUAAGAAAUACAAAUUCAAUGUUUCAUGACAAAUAGUUGAGUUCUAAUUGAUGUAAUAUCAGUUUGACUCUUCUUUAAGAUAUUAAAAUCAAAAUUUACAAAAAUUUCAUAAAAUCAAAAUGUUAUUUUUUCAAUGGUAACAUUGCAUCCAAAACUGUGAUCAUAUCACAUAUAGUGGUAAAAUGCAACCAAAAUUAAUGCACCAAAGAAACAAGUGGUUUUCAACCUUUCUAAAAUUGAGGGAUCCUAAAGAAGUUUAAUUUCAUCAAUGCUGCACCCCUCUCACCAUUUCUUAUUCAAUAUGUAAAUAUUAAAUUAGAGGAGCACAGAGAAGAGGUGUUGUGAAUAACAUAUGGGCCCAUCUCUUUCAAUGAUAUGGUAUAGACCUUUGAGGUUCCUUUGGAAACUUUCUGAAGCCACCACUACUGUUCACUGCAACCCCACUCUUAGCGAUCUUACUCUCCUUGCUCCUUGGACGUGGUGCACUGUAUUUAUAGUGUCCAUUUGAACAUCUUUCGAAACAGUCUUUAGGUUUCCCGGUAAGGUUACUAUUUCUGAUUGAAAUGUUUUUGUGACCAACAGUUCUCCCGUUUGAGAACGGGUCAUGAUGAACCGUAUUACUUUCAUCCCCACUCCAGCAGGAACUUAGGUCCAGGCUCAGAUUAUGAUUGGUACUAAAUUAGUUGAGAAAUAUAGCAAAUGAUAGAUAUGAUAUAAGUCUUAUUUUUGUUUUGGUCUUCACCCUGGUUGAAAACCACUGGAAAAUAAAUUGACAACACCCCCCCCCCCCCCCCCCCCCCCCCCCCCCCCCCAUUCAUGGCUAUAUGGCUAAAAAUGGAAUGGGUAUACAAAAUAAUGUAAAGAUUAUUACUGUUGGUGGGGUUUGACAUAAGUGCUAUGAUAAUAUUAUGGUUAUGCUUAGGGGACUUAAUUUGACUUGAAUUUUAUGGGUGUGGCUGCAUGGUAAAUAGAGUGCAUUUUACUUGAGAUUUAUAGUAUGAUUUAACAUUUGAGCUAAUGAUUCAAGUGAUUGUGAAUUGUGUGAGAAUGAUCCAUGGCUCUUAAACAGCUUUUCAACCAUGAUACCCCUUAUCCUUUUCAACCAUGAUAUCCCUUAUUCUUUCCUCACUCCUCAUUGAUCCCUUUCCUGUAUCAUAGCACUUUCAUGAACAUGAAUGAGAAUUUAAAAAAAUAAUUUUUAACCAUUAACAUGACUGGUUUAAAUCAAGCAAUUGUAAACGCCUUUUGCUAUGUGAAUAAGAACUCUAAUGGAAGGUGAUUAACAGAAGAUCUUUACUCAUGAAGUCAUCAACACUUUGAAGCUUGUCUCACCACAAGUUGAAGCGAUAUUGAAAGAUGUAUAGCAUGUAGAUGUGAUUGUAACACUUGUAUUAUCUACAGAUCAGAGAUGGCAUUAAUACGUUGGUCUGGAUUUGUCAUAAGCGUUGAAUCUGGCAUAGAAAUUGUCUCAGCUCGUUUGUCCUUACUGGCAGUGGUCAUAGCACUAUGGUACAAUGGCAUUACCG